AUGGGCACCAAAGAUGUCAUUGUGAGAGAAAUGCCGACUGGGUAUAGAUUUUUACCAACAGAUGAAAAGUUGGUGAAGUAUUAUCUUGUCAACAAAGUAAUUGGUGGGGCUAUUCCAGCUGAUGUUAUACAAGAUAUUCAUGCAAGCCAACUUUAUAAUAAGCCUCCUAAAAAUAUAGCGACGAUGAACCCUAAUUGUGAAGAAGAGUGGUACUUUUUUAUUCACAAGGAUGAAUAUUUCCAUGGAGAGAGAAAACAAAUUCCAGUUGUUGAAAAUGGAACAAGUUAUUGGAGUUCGAUCGGGGAAGAAGAGAUAAUAUGUAACUCGAAAGGAGAUGUCAUUGCUUUCAAACUCAAAUUUAUUUAUUUCUCUGGAACACUUCCAAAAGAUUGGUAUAUGGAGAAGUAUAGAAUUCCAUUAAUGCCAGCUAAUACCAAUAGCUUAGAGAUGAAUGAAUGGGUCUUGGCAAGACUUCAUAACGGAAGAAGAACGACUGCCAUAUUGUAG